CCAGGAUGGCGGUCAAAUACGCAGUUUUGUUCGUAUUUUUUCAGCUUUUUGCGUUGAAUGUAGUGAUGCAGACUUUUGCCUUUCCAACACCAGCGUCCACAGAGGACAAAACAGUGUACAACCGUCAGCUGACAGAAGAAAAGCCUCUAAUAGAUCAGAUUGCUGAAGCAGAUAGUGUGAAAGCUACAGUCCUGUCAGCCGAGGGCAAACAUCCGGCUGCCUCCAAGGACACAGCGCAGGACAGUGAUGACUUCAGUGCUCUCAAGUCGUUGGCUGAGAGCCAGAAAUCCAAGAUGGAGUCCGGAGAUGUGCCAGACCAGAGCAGCCAAAAGAGCGACCAGUUCGUGCCCGAUGAGUCAGACUCUACCAAGAGCCGGCGAUUGGCAGAGGACUACGACUCGACCAAGAAUGGAAUGGGCGAUGGCAAGUACCAGGAUGGCCCAGAGAGUUUUCGUCAGGUGGAUGGUACUCCUCUGACGGCUGAAGACAUCGUGCAGAAAAUUGCUAACAAAAUCUAUGAAGAAGACGACAGAGGCGUGUUCGACCGAAUCGUAUCCCGCCUGCUCAAACUGGGGCUGAUCACCGAUAGCGAGGCGGACUCUCUGGAAUACCAGGUUGCCGAAGCCCUGCAGGAACUCAUCACUAAAAACGCCCUGAAAAACGAAGUGGACGAAAGAGCCGAAACAGAGGAGAGUGACGAGCUGAGAGGAGAGCAAGAAGAGAGGGAUGCAGAUGAACACACGUGGGACACCGCUCCAGUGGAUCCCUCUAACGACGAUGAAGAGGAGGAAGGAGACGAGGGCACAGAGGAGGAGAGAAACAUGGAGGACAGAGAGGGCGCUGACAGAGGAGACAUGACCGGAGAUGAGCGAUGGGAUGGAGACUCUCAGAACGAGGUCAGCCCCAACGACGGACUCCAGAACCUGCAGUACUUCCCCAACUUCUACCGCCUGCUCCGGAGCCUCGAUUCAGAGAGGGACACGCAGGAGAGAGAGACCCUGAUCACUAUAAUGAAGACUCUGAUCGACUUUGUGAAGAUGAUGGUGAAAUACGGCACCAUCACGCCCGAGGAGGGAGUGUCCUAUCUGGAAAACCUGGAUGCUAUGAUUGCGCUACAGACCAAGAACAAGCUGGGCAAAUCUCUGGGGCCGUCAGACUUGGGAAAAAGCUUUGACGAAGACGACAACACAAAGGCAGAGGCGGCAAAGAUGCAGAAGGAGUAUGAGAACCUGAAAGACUCGACCAAAGAGGAGCAGCCUUCAACCGACACCAGUCGACCGGGCAAAUCUGAAACUUACUUGGAGGCCAUCAGAAAGAACAUCGAGUGGCUGAAAAAACACAGCAAAGAAGAAGGCAAAGAUGAUUACGACCUGUCCAAACUCAAAGACUUCAUGGACCAACAGGUGGACUCUUACAUUGAGAAAGGCAUUAUUUCUAAGGAUGAAGGAGGAACAAUCAAGAGGAUCUACAGCAGUCUGUGAAGCCAGUAAUCUUACAAAGCAGGACUGAAUACAAUACAAUACUAUCUGACAGCAAAACCUUUAAAAACGUAGAUUUCUUCAAAGCAUGGCAUUGUACAAUCAAAAUGACCCCCAAUAGUGCUGAUAGCUAUUUACAGUACUGUGCAAUAAGUUGUAGCCAAUCUGUGUGCAAAAUAGUUGAAAAAAAAGUUAACUAGAAUCAAACUCUUUUGGUCUAAAUAUGGGGGCUGAAAUUAACAUCAAAUAAUGAAAUUAAAUUGUGUACUUAUUAAUUAAAGCAAUCUUAAAUCUUAUUGGGCAUUUUCCACAUUUGGUUAACACGUUUUUGCACAGUAUUGGCUUAAAUUAAUUUUAUUUUUCUCACAGCUAACAACUGCACGACAGUAUAGAAGAAUAGGACAAGUACUAUUGGCAUUUUAAUCUAACACUAAAAAGCUUUUAUCAAAUUAUAAUUUAUCAUAAUGAAUGUUUGAAGUGUCAUACUUGUUUCCUGUCUAUCUACUUAUUUUUGUCAAAAUCAACUCAAUUCCUGUAACAUGAUUUAUAGCCUGUUAAGUUCUAAUAUGUUUUAUUCUACCAAAAAUACCGUAUAUUGUGUAUCCUUCAGUGCCCUAAAUCUUACU